AUGGCCCAGAAACCAUCCGAUUCCCAGCAUCAGGCUGGUCGCAAGAGGGUUCUCAUUGUCGGCGCGGGCGCUGCUGGAAUGUCCACGGCGUACCAUCUCUCCCAGCACCCCGACAAAUACGACAUCACUCUCAUCGACGCCGUCGACUACUGCGGAGGUCAAGCCUUCUCCUGUCCUCUCGACAAGGAUCGUCAUGGGGCCAGCUGGUUCAAUCAAGGUGUUCAAGGCGGCAGCUAUAUCUUCCACCACACCUUGACCAUGUUCGCUCGCCAGGGAUAUCACGCUGACCCGGUUAACCUUCAAGUCUCCUUCGGCAAGGACGACACCUUCUGGACUAACGUCUUCCCAACAGACCUGUUAGCUCGGCAUCAGAAGGAGAUUAAACGCCUCAAUUUUGCCCUAAAAUUCAUGCGCUGGUUCGAGAUCUUCUUCGCACUGAUCCCCAUGAAGGUCUUCUUCAAGCUGUGGUUCUUUUCCGAGGAGUUCACCAACACCGUCGCCUUGCCUAUGGUGGCGUUGUUUCUGGGAACGGGCAACGAAGCUCCCAAUGUGCCCUCAAUCAUGCUUGAGCGAUUGUGCACCAGUCCCACCUAUGGCAUGUGGUUUCCUUACGACCCUACCAGCAUAGCGACCAAUCAUCCUCCGAUGGUCGUCUUUCCCAACUUCAGCGACUUUUAUGAGACAUGGCGCAAAGACCUUGUCUCCCGCGGUGUGACGGUCCGCCUCUCGACUGAACUUGCAGCAAUCCUCCACCGCUCGAGAUCUAACGGCGUUGUCGUUUCUCUCAAACAGCGUACACCAACUCCCGACCACCACAACCCCAUUGGCGGUGACCGAGACGCGCCCACGUUCGAAGAGCACUACGAUGAAAUAGUCCUAUGCUGCCUCGCUGACACCGCCAAGCGCCUUCUUUCGUCCACUUCCUCCUGGCGAGAACGCAAAGUCCUCGGCUCUGCCAAAUUUUCCGACGACAUCACUAUCACGCAUACCGACUCCUCUUAUAUGAAGAAGCACUACCAAAACUUUUACUCGGAAUCUCAUGCCGUAAGAUCCCUAGGUGGUAAAGAUCAGUCAUCCCGCUGUGAUUUUGGAGCCGAUAAUUUCCGCCCAAUGUACUACAUCAAGAUGUAUGACCAGGACAGAUCCAAGCUGGAGAUGUGCUUCGACACCACCAAUUACCAGUCGCAGUUCCCGGACAAGGUGCCUUUUGAGGACCACGUGUUCCAGACGAUCUUCCUCAACAAAGACCGAGAUGGGCAUCUGUGGAGCGACAACGAGAUUGACGAGAGCAAGGUCCUCAGAAAGGACUGGUGGCAUCAACUGUGCCACUCGUACACGCAUUACCUGCUCGUGGUGCCGUGGAUGAUGUUUCUCCAGGGCCAAAGGAGGGUGCGCUACGCCGCGAGCUGGACGUUGGUCAACGCGCACGAAGUCGCCAUUAUGGCGGGGAUCGCCGCCGCAGUCGACCUGGGUGCCGAGUACCCAGAAGAUCUGGAGCACGACAAAUUCGCCUUUCUCAGCUUCAGGCUCUACUAUCUACUGACCUACGGCAAGUGGUAUCGCCGAAGGUACACGGCCUCGGCGAAGAGCAAGCGCGGCACAGAGGAGAGCGACAACGCGAAACAGGGCAAGAGCUGGGCCAGCGGUUGGUAUGGGAGUGUGUACAAAGGGCCCGGGGUGGCCCAGGAGGAGCGGACGACGUGGCGGGAGGAAAUGAAGGUUGGGCGGAGUACGGGGAACCUCGCGCAGGGCAAUGCCCAGGGGAGAAGUCAGCCGUGA